AUGGGAUUAUGGAAAUGGCCCGGACGUCAACAUGAAAAGCAGGAGGCUACCCGACCCAAACUCGUGGAGCUAAGGUCAUCGCGAUGGUUUAUUACUAUUGUCGUGUCGUUCGCUGCUGCGACGGAUGUUUUCAUGUAUGGCCUGAUCGUGCCUGUCACCCCCACUGCACUACAGAAUAGGGUACAGCUUCCUGAAGGAAGUAUUCAAGGCUGGGCGUCGAUCCUUCUGGCUUUAAAUGCGGCUGCUUUGUUGGCUUUCUCGCCUAUUUUUGGGUACAUCGCUGAUCGAUCAGAGUCUUGUCGAUUUCUUUAUCUCCUUGGCCUGGUUGCGCUGGGCGCAGCGACGGCCAUGCUGUGUGUUGGGUCGAACAUUGGACUUUGGAUUGCUGGUCGGAUGUUUCAGGGUGCUGCGGCUGCGAUGGUUUGGGCUGUUGGAAUGGCGCUGAUGGUUGAUACUGUUGGGAAAGACGGGCUUGGUCAAGCUUUCGGUUAUGUGUCGAUGGCUGUCAGCUUCGGGGCAGUGGCCGGGCCCCUUCUUGGAGGUGUUCUUUACCAAUAUGGUGGAUACUACGCAGUCUUUGGUAUCGGUUUUGGGUUUAUUGGGCUUGACAUCUUCCUUCGGUGGAUGUUAAUCGAGAGAAAACAAGCGAUCAAAUGGCUCAUGCCGGAUAUGAGGCCACUCGCAGCUGAGCAAGCCUCGCAAAAAGAAGGAGAAAAACCAACAAACCCACCGGCAGUUGGUAAUGGCCCUUGUAAUCGACAGCCCCCAGAAUACCCCCCUUCACGAAGUGCGCUAGGGCUUGUCGCUUUUCUAUUAAGCUCACCCCGUCUCAUCGUGUCCCUAUGGGGAAACCUCAUUAUUGCACUCGCCCUAGCUUCAUUCGAUAGUGUCCUUCCACUAUUCGUGCGAGAUAUGUUCGGAUGGCAGCAAGGUGCCCAGGGGCUGAUAUUCAUCCCGCUUAUGGUACCGCACGUAUUAGGCCCAAUAACAGGGUUCGUCAUCGACAAGUUCCCACGGUCUUGUCGCUACAUUACCACGGGGGCAUUCCUAUCCUCCACACCCGUUAUGGUUUUACUACGACUUGUUACGGAGAAUACUAUGCAGCACAAGGUUCUUUUGUGUGCUCUCCUCGCCCUCCUCGGUGUCUGCUUUUCUUUGGCAUUACCCCCUCUCAAUGCGGAGGUCUUCCAUGCCGUGAAAGAAAAAGAAGACCGGAACCCAGAUAUUUUUGGUCGUGGUGGAGCUAUGGCGCUCGCAUUUGGCCUGUCUAACAUGGGGUGUGCUACUGGAUAUCUUGUUGGGCCCUUCUUUGCUGGCUUCAUUCGUCAGCAGGCUGGCUGGGGAACUAUGGGCUGGGCAUUAGGACUGCUGGCAGGUGUAUCGUCAAUCCCAAUCUUUUUGUUUCUAGGCGGCUGGAUAUUGAGAGAGCCUGUGAGGUCCCAAGGUGAGGCUCAAGUUUCAGAGACCGCCUCUGGUGUUUAA